GUUACAGUAUCAGUAUGUUUCAUCGCCUUCCAUUAGAGGUCGCUGUAACCUCAAAGAAACAGUUAACUUUCGCACACAAGGAGGAAUUUGCAUUUGAGCAGACGGAAGACAGAAAGCAUCAACAGUGACAGAGAGGAGAGGAGGAUGCUGGAGGCUGCAGCUCAGAAUGGAAACAGCAGCUGCACCGACUGAACGCCAUUUCUCAACUUGUAGCUUUGCCACAGACAGUUGAAUUAUCGCUUAGUUAAAGGAGGAUGAAUCGGAGUUAGGUGCUCCUUUUCUGUGCCGAACUGAAGCGCGCUGACAGGUUUCUUCUGCCGGAGUUUGAGCUCCUGUGUAGUUGCUGUGCGGAUGGAGCUGAGCAGAAGGAAAGUGCCUUUGUAUGGCCAGGCGAAGGUAUUUGCAUUGCUGGAGGGUUUAGACACGGUGCCGGAGGAUACAGAGAUCUAUGUUGUGUUGGAAGGAUCCACACUGGUCCAUGUAACCAGGGCUCAGAGUGAUGUCAUGCUCUGCUUUAUAGUGCCUGGACAUAACCUGGCUGAAGUGGUCUCUGUCCAGGCCUACCUGUGCUCUGAAACCACACCGCUCACCUGGGUGGGCGGAGCUUCUCUGGAGUAUGUCCAAGAUGAUGCUCAGGACCUGGCAGAGCACCUGGUAAUCCACGGACAUUGUCUAACCUCCACGGAUCACAAGGACCUGAGCAGCCUCUUCAACCUGGGCCAGGGGAGCUCUCGCUGGGCUAUGGAUCGUCGCGUGGCCCUGGCCAUGGCCAACCUGGAUAUCCCCCAAAACUGGAAUGUGCUGGGAAGCCACAGUGGAGACGAGCACAGUCUCAGGGAGUCUCCCCUCCACCUGGCUGUGCGAUGGGGUCUGUAUCGGCUGGCAGAGCUGCUGCUUUGUCAGCCGGGGGGUCUGAUGGCUGUCAGUCUGCCAAACGAAGAGGGAGUCACGCCGCUGCAGCUGGCACAGGCAACAGGCAACACCGAGCUCCUGGAGCUGCUCACACACCCGCCAAACCCACUAGCAACGCCUCCAGCAGGUCUGUCCCAGGUGUGGGCAGACCAGUCCCGCUUGCUGAGGUUCUGUCAUGACACCGGGAACCUGACUCUGACCGUCAGACAAAACCUGAGGUGGAGCUCAGAGGAGAGCCGGCACGCUGACAUCCUGCUUCUCAGAGACCGGCUCAGAGAUGAGGACUUCCUCAGAGAGAUCAAAGCUCUAAGGAGGGAACGCGUAGAAACCAUCUUAGAGAAGGAAGAACUGGUGGAUGAUCCUACAGAGAACGCACUGUACUCUGAUAUCAAUGGAGGAACUUCUGCUGUAGAAGAAAAUGACUAUGAGGAGCCGCUGAUGUUCUGCCUGAAUGAGGAGGAGGAAGAGGAUGAUCCGUCUCAGCCUGACUCUGAGAAAAGCCAGUCCAUAAGGGAGAGCCAGGCCUCUUCACCGACUCUGGCUGCAGCUGCCAGACUGUCAGCGAUGAUACAUGGCAAAGACCGAGUGUACGCCAACACCAUGCUGGUGGACCAGGUGGAUGACGCUGACAUUAAAUACCGCUCUCCAGGGGAGGAGGAGGUAAGCCCCGUGGCCCACAUUGGCAGCCCAUGCUGGGAAUCCUUCUCCCUGACUCCCCCUGAUUCAAAGAACUGCUCGCAGAACUGGCACCCAUCCUCACCCCAUAAUGGCGAGAGAGGACUUCAGGGCCCCGGCCGGGAGAAUCACAGAGAGCGUGUUUCUCCCCCCUCUCCCUUUGCUUCCUCCCCGUCUUUUCCUUCCUCCCCGCUGGCUUCCCCGUUCCGAUUGUUCGAGGGAACACAGAGGCGUCAGACGCAGCAGUGCCUGCCAGUUUCUCCUGCUUUGAAUCGUAGAGGAUGCAGCUUGACAGAGUCGAGUCGGGGCCUGAGUCCAAGUCUUGAGUGUGACAGUGGAGAAGAGGACAUACUGGGACAUUCGUACCCUUGCUCAUCUUUAAAGCAGCAGUCCUUCCUGCGAUCCAGCUCAGGAGAGGAGAGGGACUCUUUUGACACGUCGCCAGACUUCAACCGAACACACUCAGACAGCACGCACCAAUCCACCAAGAACCCAGAGGAAGCCGAGGUUCGUAUGCGCUCUUACUCCUACUCCUCCCCCAAGGCAAAGCCGUCACGGCCGCUGCUAAACCGAGACGCAGCCAUCACUGACCUGGCAGAAGAUGGUGCAUUCAGCAGCGGCAGUCGUUCUCUACUUCAAGCUUUAUCUCUCUGUAAAUCCCUCUCUCGUCUCAACCAAGUUAAGCAGAGAGCCUUCAGCCUGUCAGAGACUCCCAGAGAAAAGAGGGUUUUGGGUUUCCGUAAGCGGGCCCAGUCAGCAGAAGAGGAGAGCAGCGCAUCACUCCAACAUCUCACCCUCACAGAGUUCCUCAAAGAGAUCGAGGAUGAGGAGUGGGACAAAUACAUAAUACCGUCUAAGGUCGAGUCAGAGAAGUACAAAGUCAGCCGGACCUUCAGCUUCCUCAAGAACAGGAUGUCCAGCACUCGCAACAAGACCAAGGUGAAGGGGAAAGAGGUGAAGGAGGGAAAGGAGAAGUCCGGAGCCACUAAUGGACACCAGUUUGUUCCCGUGUCUCCAUCUGGUCCCGCUCUCUGUGUGGCCUGUGAUAAGUCUGUUUCUGGGAAGGAGCUGUUGCAGUGCUCCAACUGUUUCCUGAAUGUCCAUAAAAACUGCAGAGAGUCUGUCGCAGCCUGUGGAAAGAAGCCACAGGAGAGGAAUGCAGUGCUGAUGAAAAGCAAGACCUUGUCUCUCCCACAGAACUCUGUGAAAGACAACUCUCCAGCCUCCAUUUUCUCCUCCUCCUCCUCCUCUUCACUUCCGACGAUGACCAGAGAGAAGAGAGAAACAGUCGCCCCUCUCUCCAAAAGCCUCUCUAUCUCUAUAGACAGCAGACGGCUGAGUGAUGCAGCAGGGGCGGACAGUGAGUGCAGUGUGACAGCUUGCACCAACAGCUCAUUGUCUGAUGAGGGAACACCUGUCACAGCGAUUCCUCCGUCAACCGAGCCGCCGAUCACCACACAGGAUGCUGUUGAUGCUUCUCUACUGAGCGACCUGUCAGCUGACCUGCUGGGACUUGAGGUGGAGUCAUGGAGUCUGGCAGUUAGUCCGGAGUUUUGCAGGCAACACGACAGGCGCACAAUUAAACGUCAGGAUGUUAUUUAUGAGCUGAUGCAGACAGAGCUGCACCACAUCCAAACCCUGACGGUCAUGUCGGAGGUGUUCAGGAGAGGCAUGCUGGAGGAGCUGCAGCUGGACUGGGACUGUGUGGCCCGGAUCUUCCCCUGUUUGGACUCCCUGCUGCUCUUUCACAGAAACCUCUUUGGGGCGCUGCAGGAAUGCCGGCAGGCCGCAACCCAACCUGAGAACCCCCGGAAUUACUUCAUCCGUCAGAUUGGAGAUGUACUGCUUCAGCAGUUCUCAGAUGAAAAUGCUGAGAAGAUGAAGCAGGUGUACGGAGAGUUCUGCAGCCAUCACACAGAGGCCGUCAAUGUCUUCAAAGAGCUACAGCAACAAAACAAAAAACUCCAAAACUUUGUCAAACAACAGAGCAAUAACUCUCUGGUCAGACGGAGAGAGGUGCCAGAAUUCAUCCUGCUGGUCACUCAGCGGAUCACCAAGUACCCAGUGCUAUUGGAGAGGAUAUUACUGUACACUCAGGAAGGAAGUCAGGAACACUCUGACCUAUCAAGUGCCCUGGCUCAGAUCCGUGACAUAAUUGCUGCAGUGGACCUUACUGUGAAUAAGUAUGAGAAGUGUCAGGAGCUGCAGGAAGUGCUGGCACGGCUGGAGAACAAGAGUUUUGCCAAGCUAAAGAAUGGCAAGGUGUUUCGCAAACAGGACCUGCAUAGCAAACACAGGGAUCUGCAGCAUAAGGGGCUGGUCUACUGGAAGACUGCCACUGGACGUCUAAAAGAUACGCUGGCUCUUCUGCUCACAGACGUUCUGGUUUUCCUACAAGAGAAAGAUCAACGCUUUAUAUUUGCUGCUGUGGACCAGAAGCCUCCUGUGAUCCCUCUGCAGAAACUCAUUGUUAGAGAAGUAGCUAACGAGGAGAGAGGGAUGUUCCUCAUCUCGGCCUCCUCAGUGGGACCAGAGAUGUAUGAAGUUCACACAACCACCAGAGAUGAGAGGAAUGCAUGGAUGAGACACAUACGUCAAGCUGUAGAAAGUUGUCCUGAGGAAGAAGAGGAGGAGGAGCGAAAUGCUGAGACAGAGGAGGCCAGGCGAGCAGCAGAAGUGAGAGUUCAGAAGAUCACCAAGUUCCAAGAGACACUGUUGGGUCAGGACCAGCAAAUCUGCAACAGCCUGGAGGAGAAGCUGCAGCUUUACGCCGAGCUUACAGAGUUAACCCUCCGCUCACCAGAAUCUGUAUCACAUCGCCAUCUGCUGGUACAACCAGACACUGACAAUGAGACACCAAGACAGGCUUCCUCACUGCUCACUGCUGCACUCAGAGAAGCAGAGAACCUGAUCGCACUUCUGCAGGCUCGUGAUGGCCUUUCUGUACAAAAUCAGAGCUCUCCUGUCCGAGGACCAGAGGGCUGCAGCUACAACAGUCACGGCAGCAGCAUCCAGGAGUCUCCCUCUGAACCAGAUUAUCUGAGCACGCUCAGUAUGAGCUCCACUUCUCUUGGAUCAGACAGCGAGCUAACAGGGCUGGAUAGCGUGUUGUGGAGUUCCGCUAUUGAGCUGAGAAGAGGAGACAACAAAGGGACACUGUUAAAGGUGGCAGAGAGCGUCCAGAGUCUGACUCAGCUUCUGUAUAGUCUGCAGGCUGCCGUAACCCUCCAAGACAGCUGCCAUGAAGUCCAGAAACUCCUUCUCCAGGAGGGAGAAAGACCUCAACUCCGAACACUCACUUCCCUCCAGAGCAGUCAGGAGCAGGAGAAGCAGAGGAGUAUGGAUAAGAAGAAAGAGGAAGUAGAAAAGAAGGGUUUAGAGAGGAAGAAAGAAGAGGUGGAUGAGGUGCAGAAACUCCAUAUGAAGCUGAAACAGGAGCAACAGCGCUGGGACAAAGAGUGUCUGGCCAGAGAGAAACAACAGAGUGAGCAGGAGAGUGUGCUGGAGCAGCGAGAGCAGCAGUGCCUCCUGGAGGCCGAGCGUCUGCGCUGCGAGCGUGAGGAGCUGGAGGCCCAGCUGCUGGAGUUUCAGCAAAAUCUAGACCGACUGAGAGAGGGCCAGAGGAGUGUGGAGAGGGAGAAGGAGAAGAUUGAAGCCCAGCAGAGGCUACUGCAGAGCUGGAGACACAACCGCCAGAGCAGCCUGCCCGUUACGAUACCACUGGAUGGAUACAAGGUGUCCAGCCACAGCCGCUCAGGUAGCCUGGAUGGUAACUGCUCAGUAUACGAGAACGAAGCAGCUUUACUAGCCUCCCUCCAGCAGAACCACCUCCAACAGCCCGCCAACAACAACCAGCACCAGUGUCUGCUGUCUGCUCCACGGAAGAACCAUGAUGGCCCUUUGCACAGCUCUGACUACACCGCCAACCUUGGCCUCAGUGCCAGCCUCUACAACAGCCUCAACACUCUGCUGAGCCAGGCACACAACAAACAGACUCCAGACGGUCUGAUGUACCCGAAUUACACUAACAACCACGGCUGCCCCCGGCCUCUGAAUGACUCCAUCCACCCCUUCAGCAGCAGGGUCACUGCACAGCCACUAAGGACCAACAACACAGACUUUACCCCGCCGUUGGACAGGCGAUCCCUGGGUCCAUGGAGGUCAGAGGUCACAGGUCACGGACUUUAUGAGGAUGACUACUCCUCAUCUCCCACUCUUACUCCCCUCCUCCCGCCGCAGGCAUACCUCUCACUUGAAGGACAGAAGGGGGAGGAGGCAGGCGAGGAGAACAUUGUCUAUCUUUGAGAAUGAUGAGAGAGAAAUGAGCAAUGCAAGCUGUCUAACAUAUAACUGGAUCGACAAUAAUAUAUAUCUGUUGAUGUGUUUGUGUAUCUAUUUAAGAUAAGUCAUUUUUAAAAAACCUGAAUAUUCAAAAAAGGGAAAUAGGUGCAGGGAGGAAGUAUACACAGAUACAGUAUUUGUGCCUUUAUCAGUGUAUGUGCUAACCAUUAAUCAUUCUCCUCCUGUGUGAUGAAACCAUUGUGCCUUUUAGCCAACAAAUUCUUUGUAAAUCAGCUUUUAUACUCCCCAUGUUUUUACUUCUACUAUGAUUGUUUUUAGUACCCGUUGCACUUGUUUGAUGGCAGAGUUACCUUUGUGCCCCAAACUCUGAGACCUAAAGUAGCAGGAAAUCAGGACAGAGGUUUUUCUUUUAUUUUCCCAUGAGCACUUACAAGAAAAUGGAAAUAUUGGAGACUCCAGUUGAACCCUUCCCUAAACUAUGUAUAGAGUGCUAUUAUUUCUCCGUUUAAUCUUAAAUGAUAUUUAUAAGGGAUUGUGAGUAUCUAAAAGACUUAGAAAUAUACUGAUAUUAUUGUAUAAAUUUAAAAUAUAUGUAUAGUUUUAUGGAAAGGCUACCUAUGCACACUAUGUUGGAAGAGGAACUUAUAUUCCUAUUAUUAUGUUUCUCACUUAAGUGCCAAAAAUCUUGCUAUCUGAUACUGUAAGUGAUUUAUGUAAAGAAUGGUUGUAUGUUUUCUGUUCACCUCCUUUUUCGUAUAAUUUAUUGUGUUUAAAUUGCUUUGUGCUGUCAACAUAAAUAAUAUUUUGUUUGAUAUGUGUUCUUAUGUAAUCUCUGUAAUCAGAACUGUGAUGUGCCAUAUUAAUAUUGUGCUGUAUAUAAAAUGAUUGUGGGAAA